AUGGCUGCACAGAAACGAACUUCAAUUCCUCAAGGUGGUGAGGAACAUUCUGCCCCUCAUUCCAGCCGACCACGGCGUAAACAAUCGCGGAGGAUUGGAGGUGAUCAACCGGCGAAGAUGGCAGCUGAUCAAGGACCGCAGCUGCGGCAGCAGCAGCAGCAGCCAGUUCAAGAAGCUGAAGGUCAGCCACCACCUGAGGCCCCUGAUGAUCAGCAACCAGUUCAGCCGAAUCCAGAUGAAGAUUCUGGUGGAAGUGGAACUGACCCGGAAGAAUUUGACGACGGUUUUCUAUACUCUGAAGAAGAAUAUGAUUUUGUGAAUUAUGUAGCAUGUGCUUUUGAAGUUCAUAAAGGUGUAAACUAUGGUGUUUAUCUUUCCAUAUUCAAUCAAUUCUAUCAGAAUUCGCUAACUAGAAUUAUCGCCGUAGUACGGGGUGCACUUCGUACCAAUGUGCAGUGUCCCAUAUGCCUAGGCAUUAUUAAGAAAACUCGAACUGUUAUGGGAUGCCUGCACCGGUUUUGCCAAGAAUGCAUUGACAAAUCAAUGCGAAUAGGGAACAAUGAAUGUCCUGCUUGCCGCAUACAUUGUUCCAGCAGACGUUCUUUGAGAGAUGAUCUAGACUAUGAUGCCUUGAUUGAAGCUAUAUAUCCUGACCUUGCAGAGUACGAACUAGAGGAAAAUGUCUUUCAUGAAGAGGAAAAAGCACUGAAUAAGCAGGUUCAAGCAUCAAUUGCUGAAAUUUCUAGACGACAGUCAGAAGCAUUAAAUAAGAGGCGUAGAACAUAUAGAGAUGGAGAUGACUUAAGAGUACCCCGCAGUCGCAAUGCAACUUCAAGAAGAAGAAGCAAUCAGAGAACUGAUAUAGAGUCUGAUAAUGUUAGUGAGAGGGAAAAUGAUCUUCAAGGAAACUUAGAUCCAUCAACGUCUGACAGAUCUCACAUAGAAAUCAAGAACCGCAGGCCCAAGAGACGGGCUAGUACUCAGCCUCCACCAACUUCCCCAUCAGCUGCUAAUCCUGAUAGUGAAUAUCUCAAAAAUCCGGUGGAGCCAGUGAGAGAAAAUUUAGUUAAUCCUCUUGGGGUUGCGCACAAUCCAGAAAUGCUGACUUGGGGCAGAGGUGGUGCUCGUAGCCACACUCGACAUGGAGGUGGGAGUGCUGGCAGAGGCACCAGGGGCAGCCGAAUGUCCAAGUUGAUGGAACAGCUGGAAAGCUCCUCUAAGAUUGAUUAUAUGAUAGAAACCCCAUUUGCAUUAGUUUCUCUGGACAAGGAAAGGAUACCAAAUUUAGAAAAGCCCUGGCUUUGUUUGCCGUCAAGCUCUUCCGUCAAUCAACUCCGCAAGCUCGUUGCUGAUGAAGCAAAACUUGAAGCUGAAGAUGUUAAAAUGCUGUUAGUUAAGGAGGCAGGUGUUGAUAAAACCAGUGCUGAUUAUUCACACAUGAUUGAUAGACAGGAUCCCCUUUCACGAAUGGUUAAUUGGUCCAACAUUUGCUUGGAAAUUCAAGAGGGCCAAGAAACUCUAGCUGGGCUCCGUUGCUCUACAAACACCAUAUAUUUGAUACUAGCUUACCAAUACAAAAAGGAUAAUCAGCAAAUUCAACCCUCUCCUCUUUGA